GCUCUGCAGAAGCAGUGCGCAGGUGCGGGCGUGGAUGCCGCGGGCGGCGGUUGGGGUAGCCCGGCGCUGAGCCGACCAUGACCCAGCAGGGCGCGGCGCUGCAGAACUACAACAACGAGCUGGUCAAGUGCAUCGAGGAGCUGUGUCAGAAGCGAGAGGAGCUGUGCCGGCAGAUCCAGCAGGAGGAGGAUGAGAAGCAGCGGUUGCAGAACGAGGUGAGGCAGCUCACCGAGAAACUGGCCCGUGUCAACGAGAACUUGGCGCGCAAGAUCGCCUCUCGCAACGAGUUCGAUCGGACCAUCGCGGAGACCGAGGCCGCUUACCUCAAGAUCCUGGAGAGUUCGCAGACUCUGCUCAGUGUCCUCAAGAGGGAAGCGGGGAACCUGACCAAAGCCACGGCUUCAGACCAGAAGAGUAGCGGAGGCAAGGACAGCUGAUGAAGCUGGGUGAACAAGGACCUGUUUCAGCGGCGGCCCGUGAUUGCUCAGCCCCACCGUGUCUAUGACAAAGCAUCUUGGUUCUUCAGGGCCUCAGAUAUCUUCUCACUGUCUAAGCUGCCCAGAAAGGCAAUUACUAACCUCCACCUGCCUUGAAUGGCAAGAAAAGCCCUAGCCACAACUCACUGGGGUGGGGGGAGCAGUCCUAGCUCUGUAUUCAUGAGCUGUGGGGAUCCUGAGCUCUGGGCCAGCUGCGUGAGGAACCUCUCUGAAGUUCCCUUAUUCCUACAGCUGCCAGUGUGGUUCUGGUCCUAGCCUCAGUACUGUGGGAACCCCUUCUCAGCCAGUGGCGGCCCAGGCCAAGCAAGUUGGGAAGGGAGCUCUACUCCAGAACCCAAACCUCAGCGCCCACCACCCAUAGCCUCAGACUGUCAAUAAAGGUUGUUUUUGCAAAGA